ACAAAGGGCCAUGCGGGGCCGCGGGCGCUGAGCGCGGCGGCGAUGCGGCGACGGCCCUGAGCGCGGCGCGAUGCCGUGGUUCCCGGUGAAGAAGGUCCGCAAGCGGAUGAAGCUGCUGCUGCUGCUGCUGCUGCUCACCUGCGCCGCGUGGCUCACCUACGUGCACCUGAGCCUGGCGCGCCAGGGCCGCGCGAUGCGCCAGCGGCCGGGCCACGCGCGAGAUGGCGAGAAGUCAGCCAGUGUGACAGAUGGCCGGGGUGUACAGGUGAUACCAUCCAUGCAGAGGGUAGAAGACUCCAGCGAGAGUCGUGAGGAAGAGCAGGUGCCCGAAGGUCAGGAUGCAGAUGAGCUGUUUCCUGAGAGGGUCCGGAAGCCGCCCCCGCUGAACCUCACCCAUCAGGUGCCCACAUGGCGGGAGGAGUACAAGGGGCAGGUGAACCUGCAUGUGUUUGAGGACUGGUGUGGGGGCGCCGUGGGCCACCUGAGGAGGAACCUGCACUUCCCGCUGUUCCCCCACACCCGCACCACUGUGAGGAAGCUGGCUGUGUCUCCCAGAUGGAGGAACUAUGGGCUCCGGAUCUUUGGCUACAUCCACCCGGCAAGAGAUGGGGACAUCCAGUUCUCAGUGGCUUCAGACGACAACUCUGAGUUCUGGCUGAGCCCAGAUGAGAGCCCGGCAGCUGCCCAGCUUGUGGCCUUCGUGGGCAAGACUGGCUCUGAGUGGACAGCACCUGGAGAGUUCACCAAGUUUAGCUCCCAGUUGUCCAAGCCCAGACGGCUUAUGGCCUCCCGGAGGUACUACUUUGAACUGCUUCACAAGCAGGAUGACCGGGGCUCAGACCAUGUUGAAGUGGCUUGGCGCACUUACCUGCCAGGCCUGAAGUUCGAAGUCAUCGGCUCUGCACACAUCUCCCUGUACACAGAUGAGUCGGCCCUGAAGAUGGACCAUGUGGCGCAUGUGCCCCAGUCUCCAGCCAGUCACGUUGGGGGCCGCCUGCCCACGGAGGAGCCCAGUGCAGACAUGCUGCGGCCAGACCCCAGGGACAACUUCUUCCUUACGCCCCGGAUGGAGCCCUCGAACCUGGAGAGCGUGCUGGAGCCCUGCACCUACGCACCCACCUAUGUUCUGAAGGACUUCCCCAUCGCUAGAUACCAGGGGCUACAGUUUGUGUACCUGUCCUUCGUGUAUCCCAAUGACUACACCCGCCUCACUCACAUGGAGACAGAAAACAAGUGCUUCUACCGCGAAUCUCCCCUAUACCUGGAAAGGUUUGGGUUCUACAAGUACAUGAAGAUGGACAAGCACGAGGGGGAGGAGGAUGAGGAGGAAGAGGUGCAGCGCCGAGCCUUCUUGUUCCUCAACCCAGAGGACUUCCUGGACGACGAGGAGGAGGGGGAGCUGCUGGACAGUCUGGAGCCCACCGAGGAGGCCGCACCACGGAGCAGACGCAGGCCUGCCGUACCAGCGGCCCCCACGGAGCGCGAGCAGGAGCCCCCGGCCUCCCAUGCCCCUCUGCCUAGCCGCUCCCGGGGGCUGCGCUGGGCCUCACGCCCCCUGCCCCUCUUCCUGGGCCGCGCCCCGCCCCCGCGCCCUGCCGCCCACCCCAGGGGCCCCACAGGCCCGCGGGCCCGCGCCAGGCAGGAACUCAUCAGCCGUGCAGCCCGUGACCUCCUUCCUGAGCUUGUCCCAGGUGUCCCGGCCACAGCUGCCCACGGAGGGCGAGGACGAGGAGGAGGGGGAGGAUGGGGCCCCGGGCGCCGAGGCAGCAUCAGAGGACAGUGAGGAGGACGCUGUGGGCCGAGCGCCCGGGCGCUGGCGAGAGGACGCCAUCGACUGGCAGCGUACGUUCAGCGUGGGCACUGUGGACUUCGAGCUGCUGCGCUCGGACUGGAAUGACCUGCGCUGCAACGUGUCGGGGAAUCUGCAGCUGCCCGAAGCCGAGGCCGUGGACGUGGCGGCCCAGUACAUGGAGCGGCUCAAUGCGCGCCAUGGCGGGCGCUUCGCGCUCCUGCGCAUCGUGAAUGUGGAGAAGCGCCGAGACUCGGCUCGAGGCAGCCGCUUUCUGCUGGAGCUAGAGCUGCAGGAGCGCGGUGGAGGCCGCCUGCGCCUGUCCGAGUUUGUCUUCCUGCGCCUGCCUGGUGCGCACACCCAGGGGGAGGAAGGAGAGAGCCCCGAGCCUCCGCCCGCCACUUCCACGCGCCCCGAUGGCCGCCCUGAGCUCUGCCGCCCUCUGCGCCUAGCCUGGCGCCAGGAUGUUGCUGUGCACUUCAUCGUGCCAGUUAAGAACCAGGCGCGCUGGGUGGUACAGUUUCUGGCGGACAUGGCCUCACUACAUGCGCGCACUGGGGACUCGCGCUUCAGCGUCGUCCUAGUGGACUUCGAGAGCGAGGACAUGGACGUGGAGCAUGCCCUGCGCCAGGCACGGCUGCCCAGGUAUCAGUACCUGAGAAGAACCGGGAACUUUGAGCGCUCUGCCGGGCUGCAAGCUGGAGUGGAUGCAGUGGAGGACCCCAGCAGCAUCGUUUUCCUGUGUGACCUGCACAUCCACUUCCCACCCAGCAUCCUGGACAGCAUCCGAAAGCACUGUGUGGAGGGCACGUUGGCCUUUGCCCCGGUGGUCAUGCGCCUAGGCUGUGGGAGCUCCCCUCGCAACCCACAUGGUUACUGGGAGGUGAAUGGCUUUGGCCUCUUCGGGAUCUACAAGUCGGACUUCGACCGCGUGGGAGGCAUGAACACUGAGGAGUUCCGAGACCAGUGGGGGGGCGAGGACUGGGAGCUCCUGGACAGGGUCCUGCAGGCGGGGCUGGAGGUGGAGCGACUCCGACUUCGGAACUUCUACCACCACUACCACUCCAAGCGAGGCAUGUGGGGCACACGCAGCCACAAGAGCACCCACAGGGAGCCAGCCUGAGGACGGCUGGUCAGUCCAGCCCAGUCCCAGGGGCACAGCCACCGCGUGCCUCCCCUCGGCCCACCAGACCCUUGUGGCCUCCCCAGAGGCAGCCUUCCCAGUGGGCCAGCCAGACUGCCUCAGUCCCCACACUCCGAGAUGAUUUCUGUGAAAUUUUCAGUAGCGAUGACAUUGUUUUCAGGAUUUCCAAGAGUACUGUCUGUUCCGUUUUUUAUUCAGAAUGAAAUGAAAUAUUUUUUUUAGUUC